AUGGAGGUAAGCCUAAAUAUGAAGGCAGUGCUGUGUGGUGUCGGAGUGAUGAUGAUGGUAUAUGCAUGGAGGAUUUUCAACUGGAUUUGGUUGAAACCAAAGAAGAUGGAAAAGUUCCUGAGAGAACAAGGUCUGAACGGAAAUUCCUACAAAUUUCUGUUUGGAGAUGUGAAAGAAAUGGUACAGAUGACAGCCAAUGCCAAAUUGAAACCCAUAAAUCUUACAGACAAUAUCGUUCCACGUGUCAUGCCAUUUAUGCAUAACACCCUUAAGACUCAUGGUAAAGGGAAAGCCUUCUUUACAUGGAUUGGGCCACGAGCUGUGGUGCACGUAACAGAACCUGCACUGAUACGAGAGAUUUUGGGUAAUUAUAACAAAUUUCAAAAGCAGAAAGGAGGAAAUCCAUUAACCAGGUUGCUGGCAAGAGGGAUUGCAAGUGUUGAUGCUGAUCAAUGGGUAAAACAUAGAAAGAUCAUCAACCCUGCCUUCCAUGUCGAAAAGCUCAAGCAUAUGAUACCUGCUUUUUACAUAAGCUGUGACGAGAUGAUCAACAAAUGGGAAGAAUUAACUAAAGAAGGAUCAUGUGAAGUGGAUGUGUAUCCUCAUCUCCAAACAUUCACCAGUGAUGUAAUUUCACGUACGGCAUUUGGUAGCAGCUAUCAGGAAGGAAGAAAGAUAUUUGAGCUUCAAAAAGAACAAGCAAGGCUACUUAUGAAGAUUGUACAAUCGUUGUAUAUUCCAGGAUCUCAAUUUAUGCCUACAAAGAGCAAUCGAAGGAUGAAGGAGAUUGGUAGAGAAGUGAAGGCUUCAAUAACAAAAAUUAUUAUUAAUAAACGAGUGACAACAAUGAAAGAAGGGGAAAGUAGUAGUGAUGAUUUAUUGGGCAUAUUAUUGGAUUCGAACUACAAAGAGAUCAAACAACAAGGGGAUAAAAAUUUUGGACUUAGUAUUGAUGAAGUCAUUGAAGAGUGCAAACUCUUCUAUUUUGCAGGCCAAGAAACCACUGCAAAUUUACUUGUCUGGACAAUGAUUUUGUUAGGUCAACACACAAAUUGGCAAGACCGUGCUAGAGAUGAAGUUUUAAAGGUGUUUGGAGAAAGAAAACCGGAUAUUGAUGGACUAAGUCAUCUAAAAGUUAUUAAUAUGAUUUUGCACGAGGUACUUAGAUUAUACCCACCCGGUACAAUAUUGGGACGAAUGAUUCAUGAAGAAACUACAUUAGGAAACAUAACUUUGCCAGCAGGUUCACUCCUGCAAUUGCACAUGAUGCUUUUACAUCAUGAUAGUGAUGUAUGGGGUAAUGACGUGACAAAGUUCAAGCCUGAGAGAUUUGCAGAAGGUGUGUUAAAGGCAACAAACGGACAAGCAUCAUAUUUUCCUUUUGGAGGGGGUCCACGUAUAUGUAUUGGGCAAAACUUUGCUAUGUUGGAAGCGAAAUUGGCACUUGUUAUGAUUCUAAGAUGCUUCUCCUUCGAGCUUUCUCCAUCAUACGCCCAUGCUCCACAUACUAUUAUCUCUCUACAACCUCAAUUUGGUGCUCAACUGAUUUUGCACAAACUUUAG